GGGCCCGGCCUCCCAUUCAUAUAAAUGCCCCGCGGCGGCGGCCGGGAUUCCCUGCCUCGGCGAGCGCGGCGCGUCCCCGCGGAGGUUCGGCCGUCCCGCACCGCGCUCCGCAGCGCGCCCCGCCGCCGCCUCCGGGACGCUGUGCCGCCGGGCGCCGGCCUGCCCUCGCCCCGCGCCGGCUCCGGCUGCGGCUCCGGCUCCUGCCCCGGCCCCGGCGCGGCCGGGAAGCCCCGCUGCCGAGCGGCCCGGAGCGGGCGCGCCUCGCGGCCAGCAUGAAAGUCACGUCGCUCGACUGCCGCCAGCUGCGGAAGCUGCUGCGGAAGGAGCCCUCCCGCUGCCUGGUGCUGGACUGCCGGCCCUACCUGUCCUACUCGGCCUCCUGCCUCCGCGGCUCCCUCAACGUCAACCUCAACUCGGUGGUGAUGCGGCGCGCCCGCGGCGGGGCCGUGCCCCUGCACUUCGUGGUGCCCGACGCGGCGGCCCGCGCCCGGCUGCUGCCGGGCGCCGAGGGGGCGGCGGAGGCGGCCCGGCUGGCGGCCGUCGUGGUGCUGGACCAGGGCACGGGGCACUGGCAGAAGCUGAAGAAGGACAGCACGGCGCAGAUCGUCCUCAACGCCCUGCUGUCCAGCCUGCCGGAGGCCGGCGCCAGGGUCUGCUUCCUGAAAGGGGGAUAUGAAACCUUUAAUUCGCAAUAUCCUGAGUGCUGCGUGGAUGGAAAACUCAUUUCCCCGGAGAGAAACGAAACGGAGAGGAACAUCGCCAGCCCCUGCGAGCCGCCGCGCGCCGACCACAAGCCGGCGUACGACCAGGGCGGUCCGGUGGAAAUCCUGCCCUUCCUCUACCUCGGCAGCGCCUACCACGCUUCCAAGUGCGAGUUCCUCGCCAACCUGCACAUCACGGCCCUGCUCAACGUCUCCCGGAAAAGCUCGGAGUCCUUCAAAGACCAGUACUGCUACAAGUGGAUCCCAGUGGAGGACAGCCACACAGCGGACAUCAGCUCGCACUUCCAGGAGGCCAUCGACUUCAUCGAUUAUGUCAGGCGAGCAGGGGGCAAGAUCCUGGUACACUGUGAAGCUGGGAUUUCGCGCUCUCCCACCAUCUGCAUGGCGUAUCUCAUGAAAACGAAGAAGCUCCGUCUGGAGGAGGCCUUCGAUUACAUCAAGCAGCGUCGGAGUCUGAUCUCGCCAAACUUUGGUUUCAUGGGCCAGUUACUGCAAUAUGAGUCAGAGAUCUUGUCUUCCACUCCCAGCCCCCCUGUUGCCUCGUGCAAAAGAGAAGCUGUGUCUUUCUUUGCAGAAGAACUGACGAUAGGCAAAAACUUUGAAGGCUCGUGUUUUGCCUUUCCUACCUCAGUCUUGAGUUCUGUGCCCAUCCACUCUCCCGUUCAUCAGCUGAAACUUAGCCCAAUGACCGCAUCUUCAUCCUGCUGAGCCCGCCGGGAGCCGGAGCGGAUGCAGUCCUCUGAUCCUAACUGUGACUCCAACACGAACAUUUCAUGAACGUGCAAUAGAGAAACCUCAUGGACUUCGUCUGAGACAGAGCAGUCGUCGUGGGUGAUACUGGCUGUACGCAUAUGCUGACUGUAAGAUCUGAGUGCUCUGCAUGUGGCAGGCUUUCUGAACUUCUAAUGUCCUUUUUUAAAAUGACAGAAAUGCUUUUCUAGGUUUUUAUCCACAGCGUGUGCACCCACUA